UUUCAAAGCAAACUAACAGACUCUUCGUUGGAUUCAUUCAGAGCCUCUGAAAAGGAUAAGAGAGUCGAGAGUCUCAGUAGUGAAGAGAGUGAGUGAGAGAGAGUGAGAGAGAGAGCAAUGGCUGUUUCGCAAUUCUCUGCUGCUUCGACACGUCCUGGGGCAUUUUCGCAAUCACACCAUUGCACUUCUCUCUCGGGGUUAUUCGAUUUCGGUUCCCGAAGCAGCGGAUCCAAGCUGUUUUCGAUCAGGACUUUGACUUCACGGCCUGUGAGGCGGUAUUUCUCGGUGAAGAAUGUCUCCAGCGAGCCGAAGCAGAAACUCGAGGAUACUAUCACCGAACAAGAAGCUCCUACCACUCACAAUUCUUUCACACCGGAUGCGGCAUCUAUUGCCUCAAGUAUUAAGUACCAUGCCGAGUUCACACCGUUGUUUUCUCCUGAGCAUUUUGAACUUCCAAAGGCUUUCUUUGCAACUGCACAAAGUGUUCGUGAUGUUCUUAUCAUAAAUUGGAAUGCAACAUAUGAUUACCAUGAAAAGUUGAAUGUAAAGCAGGCAUAUUAUUUGUCGAUGGAAUUUCUACAGGGUAGAGCACUGUUAAAUGCAAUUGGUAAUUUAGAGCUCACUGGUGCUUAUGCAGAGGCUUUGAAAAAGCUUGGGCAUGAAUUAGAAAAUGUGGCUUCCCAGGAGGCUGAUGCUGCACUUGGAAAUGGUGGUCUUGGGCGCCUUGCCUCCUGUUUUCUGGACUCUUUGGCAACAUUAAAUUACCCAGCAUGGGGUUAUGGACUUAGAUACAAGUAUGGCUUGUUUAAACAGAGAAUUACAAAAGAUGGGCAGGAGGAAGUUGCUGAAGAUUGGCUAGAGAUGGGCAAUCCCUGGGAAGUUGUGAGAAAUGAUAUCUCAUAUACUGUAAAAUUUUACGGCAAGGUUGAAAGUGGAUCAGAUGGAAAAAAGCACUGGAUUGGAGGAGAAGAUAUAAAGGCUGUUGCUUAUGAUGUUCCAAUUCCAGGAUACAAAACAAAAAACACUAUCAACCUGCGGCUUUGGUCGACCAAGGCUCCGUCAGAAGAUUUUGACUUACAUGCUUUUAAUACUGGAGAGCACACCAAAGCAUACGAGGCCCUAGCAAAUGCUGAGAAGAUUUGUUAUGUACUCUACCCUGGGGAUGAAUCGAUGGAGGGGAAAGUCCUUCGCUUGAAGCAACAAUACACUUUAUGUUCAGCUUCUCUACAAGAUAUCAUUGCAUGUUUUGAGAGAAGAUCUGGAGCAAAUAUAAAAUGGGAAGAGUUUCCUGAGAAGGUUGCAGUACAGAUGAAUGAUACUCACCCAACUCUUUGUAUCCCAGAGCUGAUGAGGAUUUUGAUAGAUUUGAAGGGUUUAAGCUGGAAGGAGGCCUGGAAUAUCACUUGCAGAGCUGUAGCAUAUACGAAUCAUACUGUUCUUCCGGAGGCAUUGGAAAAAUGGAGUUUAGAACUCAUGCAGAGACUGCUUCCUCGGCAUGUGGAGAUCAUAGAAAUGAUUGAUGAGGAGCUUGUCCACACCAUAGUCUCUGAGUAUGGUACGGAUGAUUCUGAAUUAUUGGAGAAAAAAUUGAAAGAGAUGAGAAUAUUAGAAAAUGUUGAAUUGCCUGCUGCCUUUGUGGAUUUAUUUGUCAAACCUGAGGAAAGCCCUGUUGAUUUGCCAAGUGAGGAACUCGAAAGUCCUCUUGAAAGUUCUGUUGAUUUGCCAAGUGAGGAACUUGAAAGUUCUGUUGAUUUGCCAAGUGAGGAACUUGAAAGUUCUGAAGAAACAGUUGACCCCGUUGAUGAAGAAGGUGAAUCUGAAGAAAAAGCCUCUCAGAAAAAGACUAUAGUGUUGCCAGAACCAGUACCAGAACUGCCAAAGAUGGUCCGAAUGGCUAACCUCUGUGUUGUGGGUGGACAUGCAGUAAAUGGUGUCGCUGAGAUUCAUAGUGAAAUAGUGAAGGAGGAAGUUUUUAAUGCAUUCUUUAAGUUGUGGCCUGAGAAAUUUCAAAAUAAAACAAAUGGGGUGACACCAAGAAGGUGGAUCCGCUACUGCAAUCCGGAAUUAAGUAAAAUUAUAACCAACUGGACUGGAUCCGAAGACUGGGUCCUGAAUACUGAAAAACUGGCAGAGUUACGAAAGUUUGCAGAUACUGACGAUCUCCAAACCCAGUGGAGAGCCGUAAAAAGGAGCAAUAAGUUGAAACUUGUUUCAUUCCUCAAAGAGAAAACAGGAUACUCUGUUAGCCCUGAUGCAAUGUUUGACAUCCAGGUGAAGCGCAUCCAUGAGUACAAGAGACAACUAUUGAAUAUCUUGGGAAUUGUUUACCGCUACAAGAAAAUGAAAGAAAUGAGUGCGAGGGAAAGGAAAGCAAAGUUUGUUCCACGAGUCUGUAUUUUUGGGGGAAAAGCAUUUGCUACUUAUAUCCAAGCCAAGAGAAUUGUGAAAUUUAUCACUGAUGUUGGGUCUACAGUUAACCACGAUCCUGAAAUAGGUGAUUUGCUGAAGGUUGUUUUUGUCCCUGAUUACAAUGUCAGUGUUGCUGAAUUGCUUAUACCUGCAAGUGAGCUAUCACAACACAUAAGUACGGCUGGGAUGGAGGCCAGUGGAACUAGCAACAUGAAGUUUGCGAUGAAUGGUUGCAUUCUGAUUGGGACCUUGGACGGGGCAAAUGUGGAAAUACGAGAAGAGGUUGGGGAAGACAACUUUUUCCUAUUCGGUGCUGAAGCUCAUGAGAUUGCUGGGCUCAGGAAAGAGAGAGCCGAGGGAAAGUUUGUUCCGGACCCCCGUUUUGAGGAAGUCAAGGAAUUUGUCAGAAGUGGUGUUUUUGGGCCUUACGAUUAUGAAGAACUUAUGGGAUCUUUGGAAGGAACUGAAGGUUUUGGCCUUGCUGAUUAUUUCCUCGUGGGCAAAGACUUCCCCAGUUAUCUAGAAUGCCAAGAGAAGGUUGAUGAGGCAUACCGAGACCAAAAGAAAUGGACAAGAAUGUCGAUCUUGAAUACAGCAGGUUCACCCAAGUUCAGCAGCGACAGAACGAUCCACGAAUAUGCCAAGCACAUAUGGAACAUUGAACCUGUCGAGUUGCCAUAGAAGUGUGUGUUUAUGUCUCGAGUGGUGGAGCUGGUUUUGGCCCUUAAUGGUGAUAACAGUGGUUUUUCAUUUUUACGUUGUAUCUUUUUGUUGCUCUCGUCUUUUCAGCAUGUAAAUGAGGUGGGAAUAAGGUGUGAGUGAAACUGAAGUGCCAUCUAAUAAACGAUGCAGAGCCUUUGUCUUAUA